AUGGAGCAAGCAAACACUAACACCACCACAGCCACUGCCAUAGCCACAACGACAGCAGACAAGCACUCUGCAAGCACCGAGAUUACUCACCUUGCGAGCACUGGCCAUCGGGAUGAAGCGGAGCAGGAGCAAGUGGACCAUGCUGCAAAUGGUCAUCACGCGAGUCGCGACAAGACCACGACCUCAACCACGACGACUCCUCCGACUGCUACGACUACCACGACGACUACUACCCUUGCUUAUGCUGCUGCGGACGCCUACCAAGCAGACCCCAUCACCGCUUCGCAGUCGCUCGACCUCGUCAGCUCGUCCACCGCGCUGCUGCUGGCUCCUGCUGAAAAGGACGCGCAAGGCAUUUUCCUCCCCGAGCAGCAGCAGCAGCAGCAGCAGCAGCAGCAGCAGCAGCAGCAGCAGCAGCAGCAGCAGCAGCAGCAGCACCCAGACAUGCUCGAAUCGCCAGCAGCAGCUAGCUUCGACCAUCGCCCGCCAGAACUCCAGCGAACAGAUCCGCUUCAGCGAACACACAGCUUGUCGUCCUUUGACUCUGGACAGUCCAACCGCCAGCAGAGCGGCGGCGGGGGCAGCAGACGCGACAGCCCCGCUCCGAGUCGCAGUUCCCAGCACUUGCCUCCUCGGGGCUCGCGCGGUCUGCGUCAACGCCGGCGACAAUCCAAGCGCCACAGCAUUCACCGACAAAGCACCAACUCGCUGGCCAUCAGCAUGAGCGAAAACCCGUCCACGGAAACCGACAGCAGUAACCGCUCUCUGUUUGGUGGUCGCUCACGGCUCGGCCUCUGGCUCCAGAUCCAGCUCCGGCCUGUCAUGCGUCCCCUGUCGCGUACUUGGCGGCGCAUGUGGCGCUCGCCCUUUGGGCUGUGGCUCAUCAUCAAGUGGUCCAUGUUCUGGUCGUUUGUUUCGCCCCACAUCAACUUUUAUCGCGUGCACUGGCUGUACAUGUUUUGCCUCAGCCUGUUUGGUGGCGUCAUCCUCUACGGCAUCCAGCUCAACUCGGCACAGCCCAUCGACUUUGUGGAUGCGCUGCUCACCGCCGCCAGCUGCAUGGGCCAAGCGGGUUUGUCGUCGUACGACAUUUCCUAUUCGCCACUGGCCAGUCAAAUCGUGAUGGCGCUCAUCAUCAUAGCGGCCAGUCCGUGCCUUCUCACGAUUGUGCCCGUGAUUAUGCGCAGAAUCUACUUUCGCCGGCAGCUGGUCAAGUACGGCCUCUCGCGGUUUCGCUCCGACCUGGCCGAGUAUAUGGCUCUCAAGCAGCUACUCAAGAUUGUGCCAAUCUACUGGAUUUCGUGCCACGUUGUUGGCUUUAUCGGCUUGUUCAUUUUCAUGAGCACAGACUCUGGCGCCAUCGAGGUCAUGACUGUCAACAACCAGAGCACGGUGUGGUUUUCCGCCUUUGCCACCAUUUCGGCCUUCCAAAACAAUGGAUUUGGCCUGCUUUCUGCCAAUUUCGUUCCGAUUGCGCCGUUCAAAUUCCCGCUGGUUUGGCUUGGUCUGAUUAUCAUUUGCGGCAAUACGGGCUUCCCGUUGCUGCUCCGCUUGAUUGUGGUCGGCCGGUACUACUUGGCCAAAGGGACCAAAAAGGAGCCCACGUACAAGUUUCUGCUUGAUCAUCCCCGUCGUUGCUUUACGCACUUGUUUCCUCGCGCGCAGUACCGCUGGUUGCUGCUCGUGUUCAUCUUGCUCUUCCUGGUCCAUUUCGUUGCCAUGCUGGCGUUCGAGUGGAAUGAGAUUUCCUUUGCCACGUUUGACGUUGGCGACCGCAUCACCAACUCCUUCUUCCAGGUCUUCAACGCCCGCACCUGCGGCAUGAACAGCCUUGACCUGUCCAUCCUCGAGCCGGGCCUGUUGGUCUUGUUUGUGAUUAUGAUGUACAUUUCGUCGACACCCAUCACGGUCGCCUUGCGUAAUUCCGAGCUGGACGAGCGCACCUCCGGCAAGAAGGCAACCACCGUCACCGAGCGCGACGUGUCUGGUGGACUGUGGUCUGCGGCCACUGAAAACUCGACUGCCAACACCAUCAACCACCAGGUCAAGCGCGUCAUGACGCAAGACUCGAUCUUUCUUGCCGUUUGCAUCUUUGUCAUUGUCACGAUCGAGACGAGUCACAUGGAAUCCGAUCCGCUCAACUACACCUUCUUUAAGAUUCUCUUUGAAGUCAUCUCCGCGUAUGGCAACGUCGGUCUCACGCUGGGCACGCGAGGCAGCAAUGUUCCGUUCUGCGGCUCCUGGUACACUGGCUCCAAGCUCGUCCUAGUUCUCGUUCUGCUGGUUGGCCGUCACCGUGGUCUGCCCAACUCGAUUGACAAGGCCGUCCAAGUUCCUCGCAAAAUCUUUAGCACCAUGCCCUCACGCCACGCAAGUGACGACGAAGAUAGCGCUGACGGCGUGUCCUACACGAGCCGACGCUCUCGCCGCGGCCGUUCCAGCAGCACCGGGGUGGUGCGCUUAUCGAACGUGAGCAACAUUGCUGCACCAUCUGUCGGCGGCGAUCUCGGUGAUGGCGUGGUCGCGCUCUCGAUGGACAAUCGUGCCAAUCCUGAUCCGUCCCACGCGCAAGAUUCGGACACUGCCUCUGAGGUCAGCGGGUCCGCGUCGUCGUACUCUUCUCGUGGUAGCAGCGACGGACGACGCGGGCGACGCCGUCGCCAUGGACGCCGUUCGUCCCGUCACUCGCGCUCCACGUACAGCAGGGGAUCACGUCGUCGGUCGCGCUCGCGCUCUGGGUCGAGCAGCUUUUCUGGCUCGAGCAGUCGCUCGCAAUCACCCAUGCGCAGCAGACCUUCACAGUCGCUUGGUGGUCCAACGGACUUUGAGCUGGUGGAAUUGAGCCAUUCUGGCGGCAUUGCUGCAGCCGAGCAAUCUCAUCAGCCACUGCCUGCUGCUGCCAUUUCCGUUUCAAACGACGUUACGCUUAUCGCUGCCGAUGAGUCGGUGUCGUCCGUCCCUCUUCAGCGAAACUAUUGGGAUGUGACGGCCGAACAGCUGGUCGGGCGGGCCAACUCAACGCCGCUGCUGAUUGGCAAUAGUGCGGCGCUCACGGCGGUCGCAGCCAAGUCAGCACAUGAAGAAGGCACUUUUGCCAAUUCGACCUCCGCGGGUGGAGCAGAAGUCUCUGCCCCAGCAACAGCAGCAGCAGCAGCAGCAGCAACAACACCGGCACCAGCUGCAGCAGCACCUCCUGUGCCUGGCAGUACCGUGCUCAAAUCUGGCAACCUGCUUGCCAACUUGUCAUUCUUGUCGCUGACCAGCGUGGAAAAGUGGGCUUCUCAUGCCGCGUCGGUCUCGUCUACUGCUACACCCAACAGCGUCUUCCCGCAGCCUGUCCUGCAGCAGCGCGCCAUCGAAAGCGUCGCUUCCAGCAGCCUCCCGCCAGACUCCGAGCAACCGACCGCGGCAUCGUCUGUCCAGCACCUUUCGCCAGCGGUUUCCAGCGUGGAUGUUCGUGUCGCCAAGAGCCUGACUGAUUCCGCGCCUGCCACCAAUGUGGUUUCGUCAGAGUUGGCUUCUACGACUCCCACUACGACUACUACUCUGGCUGCAGAAACUCGCGGUGGAGUUGCAGGCCCUUUGCAGCAGCUGGCAUCAUCUGGCGCCGCGGUAGCGGCCAAUGUGGACCCAGCCAAGCUUGCAACUGCCGUCACCAGCACGGCGAGCUCGACCACAGGCACGCCCCCGCAAGUCGGCAUGCUUGGCCGAUCGGCCUCGAACAGUCUCGUCCACCCGCCGCCCCUGAAUCUCAAUGACUCGCUCAAUCACUCCAACCCGUCGAGUGUCGCGCAAACGCCCGCCUCGUCUCGCCCAAUCAGCCCACCAGCGACGGCGGACGCAAUCCACUCGUCGCCGUCUCAGGUCCACUUGCAACUGCUCAUUGCCCAGCAACAUGCCGCUCGGGCCUUCCAACAAGGCUCCGGUGGUGCCGGCGAGCCAACCGCGUCCGGCCCAUCUUCCAGCGGUCUCAGGUCGAAUCCGCUGUCCUUCCUUCUGCAAACGGGCCCCGACGGCUCGCUCAUGUUCCCAACCGUUGUGAUGACAGAGCAGCAGCUCCAGCGUCUCCAGCAACAGCAGCAGCAACAGCAGCAGCAGCAGCAACAGCAACAACAGCAACAGCCCUCCGAUUCAGCGCACGGUCCCUCUGUUGUUGUUGGCACUCGGGGCCUGGGGCACUUGUCGCGUGCAGCUUCGGAUCUCGGUGUCUUGCCGCUGGGCUCACGCAGCCCUGGAGGCCAGCCUGGAGCCACUUCCGGUUUGGCUUUGGGCACUUUCCUGCCACGGUCACCGCUGGAUCAACCGCACCAGCUGGACUUGCGCUACUCGGGCCACAAUUCCCCGGCAGCGGUUCCUUCCCCGAGCGCACCCCUGCGGUCUGGCGAGUUGUCCUCUGCACCGUCCAUCACUGGCUUGGAUGAGCCGCUCCACAUUGGCUUUAUUUCAUUGGCCCAGCUCGGACCUGCCGGUGUGAACAUUGCGCAAGAGCUGGCGCACCUCGCGGCCAAACCCGUGUCGGCGCAAUCGCCUUCCCACCAGCCGUCUGGGUCACCGUUUGGCAUGCCUUCGCAGCCUUCGCAACUGAGCUUGCAACAGCAUGGCGGGCAGUCGCAAUCGCACGCGCACGCGCACUCGCACUCGCACUCGCACUCGCAGCCAUCGUCUCAGCCACACUCUCAGCGCGUCACACGUGCCAACUCGCCCGAAAACGAGAGCGAUCGCCAUCACCAUUCUGGCCACCAUCACCAUUCGCGCCACGGCCACCACCACCACCAUCGCGAUCAUGGGUCGUCGCACCACUCGUCCGACACCACUGGAGAUGGCCACGCACGCUCGGCUGUGCACAGUCCCGACCAUCAGAGCUCGUCGUCGGCGAUUGAUUCUUCGUCGUCGUCGACCCAUCAUCAUCACAGCCACGGUCAUCACCACCACCGGUCGCACUCGCGUCAUCACGGUUCGCAUCACGACGAUCAUCACCAUUCGCCGUCGCACCACGACGAUCGUCCCCACUCGUCCCACCAUGACUCUCGCCACCACUCUUCUUCGUCUUCUUCCGCUCAUCACGAAGAUCGCCAUCACCCGUCGUCGCACCGGGACGAUCGUCACCACAGCUCGCUUCGUGACGACGAGCGUCACUCGCGCAGCAGCCCGCAUCAAGACCACCAUCACAGCAGCAGCAGCGCCGGCGGUGGUCACCAUGAGGGUCCGUCUCAUCGCUCGUCGUCAGCCUCGUCGUCGCACCACCAUGGAAGCCACCACCAUCACCACCACAGCAGCAGCAGCAGCAGUCAUGGCAACCAUCACUCGCACGGCAGCAGCAGCCAAAGCUCGAGUCAUCACCACGCUAGCCGUCGUCGGCGCGUUCGCCAUGUCAGCAUUGGCGAACCUUCCACAGACGAGAGCGACGAGAGCGAUGAGAACGACCUUUUGACGUACGGUGUUGUUCCCGACUCGCAUGACGCCGACAUGGUCAUUCUGGGCGCUACCCCUGCUCGCAAAGUCUUUGUGGCGCAGUCGUCGUCGUCCAGCGAGUCCGAUUCCGAGACGUCGCCCUCGGCUUCGCGGCCCAAGUCUCCGAAAACGGUCGAGCCCGCUCCUCCGGUCGUCCGCGUCCCUGCCACUGGCGGCUCAACGACCGCCCCUUCUGGCCCAAGCAAAUCGGCGGCCACCUUCCGCCGUAUCUUUUCCAACGGCGGCCUGCUCAGUCUUGGCAGCUCAUCCCGAAACUCGCUCGCCCGUGGCUCGACAGACCCCGAGUCUGCAGUGCCCUCGCCUUCCUCUGCUCCCUCGCUUGCAGCUGUUGCUCUUGCUGCACUGGCCGCCCACCGCGAGACCAAGAAGAGCCACGACUUGUCCCCCAGCAGCACCACUCCAGACAUUGCACCGUCUGCGUCCGUCUCGUCCAUGUCACCCUCGAAUGCUGCGUCGCUUCACGACUUGAGUGCGCAAGACUCUCCCCUAAGCCGCGAUUCGUCCGGCCGAAGCGACACUUUGCCGCAGCAGCAGCAGCAGCAGCAGCAGCAGCAGCAGCAGCAGCAGCAGCAGCAGCAGCAGCAGCAGCAGCGCGACGCGUCGUCGCCUUCCGGCGGGAUGGAAGGGGCUGGCUCUCGCCACCGCUCGCAGCAAGAGUUUGCGGCCGAGUCGUCCAACGUCCCGCGCGUCCCGUCCCAUCUGUCGUUUGUUCGGCAAUCCUCGGGCCAUGGCUCUUCUCAUUUGAGUUCUCACCAUCACUCGAGCCACCACGGUAGCCACCACCAUCAUGGCCAUCACGGUCAUCACCACCAUCACGAAACGGUCGUCCACUUUGACCUGUCUCCAACCGCGACGUUGCAACAAACGGGUGAUCAUCAUCCCAUCAAAACGCCCGCGAGCAUGAACGCCCAACCGCUCAAGUCGGCUCUGGCCAGCAGCAACCGAUCAAAGCUUGGCUUGAACGUCCGAUCGCAGAGCAUGAACAGCCAGUUCUCCAUGGAAUCGGCCCACUCGUCUGCUUCACCAGGCCAUCUUCCGCCCUUCUCGGUUGCGUCGACCACUUCGCCCGCCAGCACCCCUCUCAGCACCCAUCCCGAGCACAGUCCUUCCUGGCCAGUCAUUAGCAAAGUCCACCACGGCCUUUCGCCGCCCGCCUCGCUGCCCAUCACUACCGCUGCCAUGGCGUCGUCCGAACCGCUUGCUCCGGUGGUCGAAUCUGCCCUAGCGCCCCCGUCGCACACUGUCGUCGAGCCGCCAGCGCCAGAAGCCACCCUAACUUCUCCCAAGCGCAUCCUGUUCUUCCAAGGGCACGACGACGACGACGACGAUGCCAGCAUGGCCUGAGCUCGAGGGGUUUUGUUAGCUCGGCUGCAGCUCCUCGCUUCUUCUUCUCUGUUCUCUGUUCUCUGUUCUCUGUUCUCUGUUCUGUUCUG